AUGCUCGCCAAGCUCAACGUCGCCGCCGCCGCCCUGGCCGCGGUGGCCUCGCUCUCGGGCGUCUCGGCGCAGACCUACCAGCGCCUGGGAACAUGCCCCACGCUGGGCUGCGUCCUGCCCCCGGACCAGAGCGACUUCCUCCCCGGCCAGCUCUUCGACCUGCGCGUCGAGGUCCACGCGCCCGUCAACGGCUCCGAGGCCGCCCACGACGGCAAGCCCGACGAGAAGUUCAAGGUCACCAUCGCCAAGGGUGGCGAGAAGCCCAAGGACUUUGCCAAGGCGUUCGGUAUCCAGGAGCCCAAGCUUGAGAAGUGGUCGUUCAAGUGGUACGAGGACCUCUUCGCCGAGGACAAGAAGACGCCCUCGGUCGUCAACGUGGCGUCCAAGGCCUACCGCAAGCUCUCCCUCAACGAGCCCGGCAAGUACACCGUCACCCUCGAGUACUAUGGCGGCGAGAAGACGACCGCCGAGUGGACCGUCCGUCCUCUCCAGAAGAAGCGCAAGGCCAAGAACGUCAUCUUCUUCAUUGGCGAUGGCAUGACUACCAACAUGAUCACCGCCGCCCGUCUGCUGGGGCACAAGAGCAUCAACGGCAAAUACCAGACUCUGAUGAAGAUGGACGAGUUCCCCGUCCUGGGCCACCAGAUGACGCACUCGAUUGACAGCUUCAUCACCGACUCGGCCAACUCGGCCUCUGCCCUGUACUCGGGCCACAAGAGUACCGUCAACGCCAUGGGUGUUCACGCCGACUCGUCCCCUGACCCCUUCGAUGACCCCAAGGUCGAGACCAUUGUCGAGAUCUUCCGCCGCAUUCACCGCGGUGCCUGGGGUGCCGUUUCGACUGCCUUCAUGGCCGAUGCCACCCCCAUUGCCCUGACCGGCCACACCCGUCGUCGCUCGGAGUACGGCCCCUUGAUCGACCAGGCUCUCAACGGCAUGACCAACUACAGCUGGACCAAGCAGGACGGCCCAGACGUCUUCUUCGGCGGCGGUGCCGAGCAGUUCUUCCCCGGCAAGGGCUCCUACCAGGGCAAGGACUACUACGCCGAGUUCGCCAAGAAGGGCUACAGCAUCUCCCUCAACAAGACGUCGCUCCUCAAGGCCGACAACAGCAAGCGCGCCCUGGGCAUGUUCUGCCAGAGCACCAUGCCCGUCUGGCUGGACCGCAACGUCUACACGGACAACCUCAAGAACUUCAAGAACGACCCCAAGGGUGGAAAGGAGCCCGCUCUCGACCUCCCCGGCCUCAAGGACAUGACCCUCAAGGCCGUCGACAUUCUCCACAAGCGCGGUGGCGACAAGGGCUUCUUCCUCAUGUCCGAGGCCGCCUCGGUCGACAAGCAGAUGCAUGCGCUCGACUACGACCGCGCCCUCGGCGACCUGCUCGAGCUCGACGACACUGUCCGCGCCACCAUUGAGAAGCUCAAGGAGCUCAACGCCCUCGAGGACACUCUCGUCAUCGUGACUGCCGACCACGGCCACGGCUUCGAUGUCUAUGGCUCUGCCGACACCGAGUACCUCUCCAAGCAGGAUGACGAGCGCCAGAAGCGCAACGCCAUCGGCGUGUACGAAAAGUCUGGCCUCUCGCAGUACACGACCAAGGCCAAGGGCAUCGAGUACGGCACGGGCGUCAACUUCCCCACCAACUGGGAGCCGCGGUACGCCAUCGCCGGCGGCGUGGGCGCGGCGCCCGACCGCCGCGAGGACUACAAGGUGCACAAGUCGGGCCCGCGCGAGCCCGCCGUCAAGUCCAACGGCGAGUACUUUGUCAACCCGGCCGACGCGCCCAAGGGCAUCGUCAUCAACGGCACCCUGCCCACCAGCGAGGCCCAGGGCGUGCACUCCCUCACCGACGUGCCCGUCUACGCCCUCGGCCCCUGCCAGGACACCUUCAGCGGCACGUUCAGCAACGUCGACAUCUUUUACAAGAUUGCCAGCUGCCUGGGCCUGGCGCGCGAGCACGAGAGCGACUGCAAGCCUAAGCCUACCAAGAGUGCGUAG